AUGCUCGGGUUUGGUGGUAGUCUUACGGACUCUGUCGCUAUUAACUUGUACAAGCUCUCAGCUGAGCUGCAAGAAAUGGUCCUACAGCAGUACUACGCCGACUCCGGUCUACAGUACAGCAUGGGUCGUAUCCCUAUCGGCUCGACGGAUUUCUCCACAAGUACCUACACUUACAACGACAUGGUGGAUGACUUUAAGAUGGAUAAUUUUACCAUCGCGUCGGACAAGGCACCGCAUUCGAACAAGCUCAAUACGAUCCACCGUGCCCUCAACAAGUCGACGAAUGGGGUGACACUGUUCGCAACCUCCUGGGCUCCGCCGCUAUGGAUGACGAACGGAGAUUCUGUCAUCGACUGUACCAUGAAAGGGAAACCAGGCGGCAAGUAUUGGCAAGCUCUAGCGUUGUACUACUCCAAGUUCUUCGACGCAUACAAGGAGGAAGGGAUUGACUUCUGGGCCAUGAGCGUGCAAAACGAGCCGCAAAAGCCCCCUCUCCCUCUGACGCCGUGGCAGACGCUCCGGAUGACUGCUGCAGAAGAAAGAGACUUCAUCAAGAUGCACCUUGGCCCACUGAUGGCUAUAAAUCAUCCAGAGCUGAAGCUCAUGGCUAACGACGACCAGAAGACAGGCAUCCAAUCUCGCAGUGCACCAUUUGAUGACCCGGAGUCAAGGAAGUACCUUAGCGGUCUGGCCUUCCAUUGGUACCAGAACCUUGACUUCAUUUUGCCUUUUGCUGGAAACUACAACAAUCUGCUAAAAUUUUCCGAGACCCACCCAGAUAUGUUUAUGCUUAAUACGGAAGCGUGUGAGGGAUACCUCCCAUCAUUGAUCGGUACCGGGAGAGGCCCUGCACUCGACGACCCUAAGAAAGCUUGGAAGCGGGCGGAGAACUAUGGCCGAGACAUCAUUGAGGAUAUCAACAACAUGGCAGCCGGAUGGGUCGAAUGGAACAUGGUCUUGGACACAAAAGGAGGCCCGACCUGGGCUCAAAACUAUGUGGAUGCGGCAAUCCUCAUUGACGAAAAGAAUGGAGCUGAAUUCUAUAAGCAGCCUAUGUUCUACGUUAUGGGUCACUUCGCUAAAUUUGUGCCACCGGGAUCGAAGCGUAUCGAGUUCCCAAAGAACAAAAAUUUACGCAAAUUCCACCGCUGCGCAUUUGUGACCCCGAACGACCAAGUUGUGAUGCAGUUUAUGAAUCGCAAUAACGCGGGCGUCACGAUAAGUGUCAAGCAAACAGACUCAGACACGUUCACUCUGAGCCUACCAGCCCAUUCUUUGCAGACUGUGAUCCUGCCGGCGUCGGACGCGACCAAGAUACUGUAG